GUUUAUGAAAACGUCACAGUAACGGAAAAUUUACAGGCAAAGCAUAUGUAGAGAACAUGGGAGAAACUGAGGAGAUUUAAACGAAAUUAAAAAAUUAUUGAGGGAGAAGAAAUCCCCUCCCCCCUCUCUACCCUAGUAGAUCGGCCAUCUUCAACUCUCAAAUUUCUUUAGAAAGGGGAAUAAUUAUUUUCUCAGUUCAACUUUUUUUGUUAAUCUUUUGCGACCAUUGACAGAGUAUUUUUAACCUAUUUUAUGUUUGAUUUAUGUAUGUACACGAAUAUUAAAAUUCAUGUGUCUCUGGUAAUAUGAAACUUGUGAUCUGAUAAUUUGUGGGGAAUUAUUGGGGUUUCUGGGGUUGGAAUUUAAUGAAAAGGUAAGCACUUGUGGUGUUCGAAAUUUUGGAUGGCAUCGGCGCAGGUAUUGAAGAAGAAAGAGCAUUUGGAAGCUGGAAAGAGGAAGCUAGAGGAGUUCCGCAGAAAGAAAGCUGCAGAAAAGGCUAAAAAAAAUACCUCUGCUAGUCAACCUCCUCCUAACUCUGACUUUCCACACGAGAAACCAUCAGCAAAUGUACUCGUACACCUUACAGAACAUAAUGCAGCAGGUACUUCUGAUGCACCAGCAGAAGAUCGUGUGGGUCUCCCAGCUGUUGUUCAAGAUGUUGCGCCCAAGGAAGCAGAUACUUCCAUUAAAAGUGAUUUUGGUCCCUCUGUGGAUACCAAUGCUUCCAAAACUUCUCUUUCGGUAAUGAAUAACGAGAUAAGUCACUUCACCUACCAUGGGUUAGAUAAUUACCUGUCCAAUAACAAUGUUGACCGUGUCAAUGAUCUUUUACCUGGAAAAUCUGAUUCAAUCUCCAUUUUCCCCUCCGAUGUUUUACCCAAGAAUUAUUUUGUCAGCACCUUACUGCCGGACAAGUUGGAAAAUAGAGGGUAUGAGGCUAACAACCUAACGUCCCCACCUUACCAAGAGUCUCUCCGUUCUAGCUCGAGUAUAGUCAAUGCUGCAUUUGGACUCGAACAAAAACAGUCUGCUUUUCCUCAUACGGUGGAGAAGAAAUUCGGUGAAACUACUGAUUAUAUGGGUAGUACAAACCAUUCAUCUCCAUGGACGACCGGCCAUAGGUAUUUGGAUAAUAAUUCUGAUGUUCGAAGCUCUCCAAAUCAGGCACCAGGAUCUUCACCUGCAGCUGCGAGGAGAUCCCGUCCCUCCUUUCUUGAUUCUAUACAGAUCUCGAAAGGUCCUUCAUCGUCCUCUGGAAAUUUUGGCGAAGAAAAAGAGAUCAAAUUAGAUUCCAAGGAUUACCCAGUUAAUGGUUUAGAGUCAUCAGUUCCUCAGCAAUCUGGUAGCUCUUCAGUCACGCCUGGAGAUGGGGUUGGCCUCUUCAAUAAUUUUGUUGGCAAGAGACAUGAGUUUUUUUCCCAAAAGCAGAAUGAAGACUUUGCUGCUUUGGAACAGCAUAUUGAAGAUUUAACGCAAGAGAAAUUCUCACUUCAACGUGCUCUUGAAGCUUCACGGUCUUUAGCAGAGUCCUUAGCAUCUGAGAAUUCUGCUUUAACGGAUAGCUUUAAUCAGCAGGGAGUCGUCGUCAACCAGCUGAAAUUCGACCUUGAAAAAGUAGAGGAAGAACUCAAGGCUCAAAUGGUGCAAAUUGAAGCUGUAAAAAUAGAAUAUGCUAAUGCCCAGCUGGAAUGUAAUGCAGCUGAUGAACGUGCAAAGCUAUUGGCUGCCGAAGUUAUUGGCCUGGAAGAGAAGGCAUUAAGAUUGAGGUCCAAUGAAUUAAAAUUGGAGAGGCAGUUGGAGAAUAGCCAAACUGAAAUUUCCUCUUUCAGGAAGAAAAUGACAUCCCUUGAGAAAGAUCGUCAAGAUCUACUUUCAACUAUUGAUGCCUUACAAGAAGAGAAAAAGCUUUUACAGUCCAAAUUACGCAAAGCUUUGUCAGGUGGAAAAUCCAUUGACUUGACCAAGACUUCAGACAAUAAAAAGAAUGCGUCGACGUCCACAGAGGAUCUUGAUAUCAAUUCCACCACAGAACCUGCAAACUCAAAUAAUUUUGGCACUGCCUUGCUGGAAGGUGAUACCUACAGUUCUCAGUUAUCGCAUGAAAACACACAUCUCAAUCUCGAGGGUCUGCACAUGGCUAUUCCUCCUGACCAGAUAAGAAUGAUUCGAAACAUUAAUACAUUAAUCGCUGAGUUGACAUUGGAGAAAGAUCAAUUGAUGCAAGCCUUGUCAGCAGAAUCAUCCGAAAAUUCCAAGCUUUUGGAUUUAAACAAGGAAUUGACCCGGAAGCUUGAAGCACAAACACAGAGAUUGGAGCUCUUGAUGGCUCAAAGUAUUGCAGCUGAUAAUCCCCAACAAAGACAACUGGAUCCAAGGGUGGUCCACGAAAGCACGAGAUAUGCUGAUGAAGGUGGUGGAGAGGGUAUUGGGCUGGAUCAUGAAGCUCUUCCCUGGAGGCCCAUCAAGAAGGCGACCCAGCAAGCACCUCUGAUUACUUAUACAAGAGUUCUUGUGCACGUACCUCUAUCCGCAGGUCGUAGCAAGGUACCUAAACUCGAUGCAUAUAGUAAGGGCAUUCUUAAAAAGUAA